AUGGCAGCUCCCCCUUCAACCCCACCACAAAGCGAUCCUCCCACGCCAAAUGCCAACGAUAGUCCCAACAGCCUAUCAUCAGCAGGCUCGGGCUCAAUCGACCCAACUUUACUCGACGAAGAAGAAAACCCACUAGAAGAAGGGAUCGUCGAUAACAUAGUAGCACCAUCGAGCCAGCAACACGCCAUCAGUGGACCUGGACCCGGAUACAAUGCUCUAAAGACUCAUCAAGGCCAACUCUGUAGCGGAAUGGCAGUCGGAAGCUCACACACAUGGAAAUAUGAGCCCGGCACGUGGAAAGAAACAAAAGAAGAGCCUGAUCGAUGGAGAAUCGAUUACCAGACCAAAAAACUACGCGCACGCAAUGCGCCCAAGGGAAGUGGUGCACCUGUGGGCACGGAGUAUCACUGGUUGAUUGUUGGACAUCAGCAUGUGCGCAAACUGGAUGCGAAUUCCUACGAAACACACCUAACAGGAUCAAAGUACAAAUUGGCGCAUAAAUCAGUGUCAUCGACCUCUUGGUCGAUCCCCACGGUGCGGGCUCAACGGGAUCGGGAAGUUGAAUUAUUACAGGAUGCUCAGCGUCGAGUUUAUGGUCUUCCGCCUGUGUUGGCUAGUGAGAAGGUCCAGGUGGAGGAACAUAGGGAGAAGGGUCAAUUGAGCCUUGACUCGCUAUUCAAAAACCGAUUGCCGGGUCGGAAAAGACAUCUCGGUCUGUGA